GAGACAGCCGGUGAUGGGAGCGCAAUGUAUGAGGGGAUACAUGCCUCAGGUUUAAAAGAGCAGGAAGCUGAGUGAGCAGCUAGAGAAAAAAGUGCCUUGCUAGAGGGAGGUUACAGGUGGUGGCUAGGAAAGAGCUCUGAGGCUGUAGUUGGGAAGUGGAUCGACGAACUGUGUGAAAGGGACAGCUUGGGGGCCAGUUCGAGACUUUCAGAGGACCGGCAGGAAUGUGCCUGCUGGCCCUAAGUGCUUCCUCCCCCUGGGGGGAGGCAUCGUGAGGGACAGUUGCUCGCAGGCUCCACUGAAUGCUGAACUGCAGAGGUCCAACUCCACGUAUGGAUCUAGGGAAUGAGAAUUCAGCCACAGAGGCUGCUGCGAUCAUAGACCUCGAUCCAGACUUCGAACCCCAGAGCCGUCCCCGGUCCUGCACCUGGCCCCUUCCCCGACCAGAGCUUGCCUCUGAACCGCCUGAACCUCCAGAGCCUCCCAAAGUGGAGCCAGUUCAGGGAGAAAAGGUACACACGGAGGGGCACUCAGACCUGAUCCUGUUGCCCUCCCGGCUGGCAGGGGGGCCCCAGCCUGGGGUCCUGGGGGCUGUAACAGCCCCUCGGAAGGGAAGCUCCCGCAGGAAUGCCUGGGGAAACCAGUCAUAUGCAGAACUCAUCAGCCAGGCCAUCGAAAGCGCCCCGGAGAAGCGACUGACACUGUCCCAGAUCUAUGAGUGGAUGGUCCGCACUGUGCCCUACUUCAAAGACAAGGGUGACAGCAACAGUUCAGCAGGAUGGAAGAACUCCAUCCGCCACAACCUGUCCCUGCACAGCAAGUUCAUCAAGGUUCACAAUGAGGCAACCGGCAAGAGCUCUUGGUGGAUGCUGAAUCCUGAGGGCGGCAAAAGUGGCAAGGCCCCUCGCCGCCGGGCAGCCUCUAUGGAUAGCAGCAACAAGCUGCUCAGGGGCCGCAGCAAAACCUCCAAGAAGAAGCCAACUGUGCUGCCAGCUCCACGGGAAGGUGCCACUCCGACCAGCCCUCUUGGCCAUUUUGCCAAGUGGUCAGGCAGCCCUUGUUCUAGAAACCGUGAAGAAGUAGAUGUGUGGACCACCUUCCGUCCGCGAAGCAAUUCCAACGCUAGCACUAUCAGCACCCGGCUGUCCCCCAUGAGGCCAGAGCCUGAGGUGCUGACAGAAGAGGAAAUACCAGCCUCAGUCAGCAGCUAUGCAGGGGGCGUCCCUCCCAACCAAAAUGAAGAUCUAGAGCUGUUAGAUGGGCUCAACCUCUCCUCUUCCCAUUCCCUCUUAUCUCGGAAUAGUCUCUCUGGUUUCUCUUUGCAGCAUUCUGGGUUUACCAGCCCGCUACAUAACUACACCUCCCUCUUCAGCCCAGCAGAGGGGCCCCUGUCAACAGAAGGGUGCUUCUCAAGCUCCCAAUCGCUGGAGGCUCUGCUCACCUCUGAUACGCCCCCCCCUCCUGCUGAUGUCCUCAUGACCCAGGUAGAUCCCAUCCUGUCCCAGGCUCCAACACUUCAGUUGCUGAGAGGGAUACCUUCCUCCAGUAAGGUAGCGACAGGACUAGGUGCCAAGGCCCUAGAGGUUCCAGGCCCCAGUAGUCUGGUUCCCUCCCUUUCGACUUUAGGGCCAUCUCUUGCCAUGGCGGGGGUUCCCAUCCCCCAAAACCUCGGUACUUCUGUGCUCACACCCCCUACUGAAGCUGCAAGCCAAGACAGAAUGCCUCGGGAUCUCGAUUUUGACAUGUACAUGGAGAACCUGGAGUGUGACAUGGAUAAUAUCAUCAGUGACCUCAUGGAUGGGGGUGAGGGACUGGACUUCAACUUUGAGCCAGAUCCCUGAGCCACAACUAGGAAGCAGCUUUCUCCACUGUUUCAGAAGUGGAGCCAGGCUGCCUAUAUUCACUCUUUACCCUUGAUCCCUCCUCAGCGUUUGGCACCCUGCUUUAGAACUAAGGUGGGGUCUAGUCACAUACAGGUAUUGAAGAAAUUGUGAAGAUAAAGCUGCCCUAUCUGAGGACUAUGGGAAGGAGUGGAGGGGUGAGAGUGGGGUGAAAAGGAAGAGGGUUUAUUCUCACUGUGCCAAUUAAGGGGUAAGGCCCCCUCUGGGACCCAUCCUUAUCUCCCCCCAUUCCCUCCUCUAGGCUUUGUGGGCAAUGCUGUUGGAAAUGUGAAGUCACCAGUGGCCUUACUCCUGCCUUUGAGAGCAGGGUUUUUUCAUAAAGAGUCUUACCUGUUCUGGGCCAGAAGAGGUUGAGCCUGGAAUUUUAUGCUGUGCCCCCCCCCUAGGCCUGUGGCACAUGGUGGGGAGUUAGAGGAGAUAUAGAAGGGCCAAGACCUGCACACUGGAGUAGUUAGCUAAAUCUCCUCUUGGAAGGCUGAAGAUAACAGAAAGGCUUUUUUAUAAACUUUUAAAGAACUAUAAACACAAAUAUAGACAUUUUUCACAGUGGCAAGGUGCUUUUCUUUCUGAAGGCUUUGUUAUAAUGAUAUGAUGCAAACACUACAAACAAUUCUAGGGACACAAGGGAGAAAUAGGGGCGAGAACUUAAGGCCGACAGAAAACUUAAGGGAAACAGAAGGGAAGUGUUGGGAGCAAUAAUGAAUAAAGAACUUUCCAUUGGGCCAGGUCUUUAGGAAAAGAUCUGUGCAGAAAUCGGUUGGAGUUUCCCUAAGAAAAAGGCUAAGCCAGAUCCCCUCACUCUGUCAACUUGUGCCUGGGAGUAAGUGGUGCUGAUCUGCUCUUUUUGACCCAGUAAGGGUUCGUGCUACUGUGGGAGAGUACACUGAAAGCCUGGAAUUAGUGAAGAGCCUGAGAAGGGGGUGGAGUGGGAGAGGGGAAUGAGGAAAGGACUUAGGGUAACAAAGUACAGAGACCUCUCUGUUCAAGGUCUCUGACAGCUGUCCCUGCUCUUUGUCCCUCUCCUUGACUACAGGGGUUAUGUGGAAGCAUGUACAAUGGCAGUGAGGGGAGAACCAGGGAAUGGGGAGCUGGGAGGUUGGCUGAAGGUCUGGGAAAGGAGCAGGGAUGGAAAGGAAUGUGGAUCAGGUUUACUAGCACCUGCCAGGGAGGCCAUCUGGGACUCCCUCCUCACCCCAGCCACCAAAGCACAGCCCUCCCCCCCACCCCCCACCCAGUCCUCUUUGCAUUUUCCCCUUCCCUUGGCCCUGCUGUGGGUUUUGGUCAUUUCCUGUAUCAGAGCCUGGCCUACUCAGAUUGUAUCAAGUGCUAGAUUGGAGUGGGCAAGUGUGUUAAAUCAAUAAAUGAAUACAUUCAAUAAAUGCUUAUAACCAGUCUGA